AUGGGGUGCUGGGGCCGGGUCCCCCACUGCCCCUCACCGGAACCAUUUCUGCUGCUGCUGCUACUGCUGGCACCUAAGGUGGCCCAGCCACAGGCAGGCAAGAACCAAACCGAGCACCCAGAACUCAGCACUUCAGCAACUUCCGAGGCCCCCAGCACUCAGAUGGCCCCAGGCCCCUCUGCAGCCCCCUCGAAGGUGAUGACGACCAUGACCCCGGCAGUGAGCACGCUGGCGGCUAUGGGAGAGGGGCCCCUUGGUGAGGGGCUGCCCCCCAUCCCCACGGCAGCCUCCUCAGGCCGAACUGAGGGCCGAGUGCUCACAGAGGACGGGAAGGCCUGCAGGUUCCCUUUCCGCUACGGUGGCCGCAUGCACCAGGCCUGCACCUUGGAGGGGGGCGCCCGCCGGAAGUGGUGUGCCACGACCCACAACUACGACCGGGACCGGGCCUGGGGCUACUGCGCCCCUGUGACCACUACGUCCCCAGGAGCUCCAGGUGUCCUGAACCCCUGUACCUCCAACCCCUGCCUCCAUGGAGGCACCUGCUCCGUCGCCCAGGAUGCUGCCUCUUACCUCUGCUCCUGCCCCGUGGCCUUCACCGGCCAGGACUGCGGCCAGGAGAAGUGCUUUGAUGAGACGCGCUAUGAGUAUUUGGAGUCCGGGGAGCGCUGGGCCCGGGUGCACCAGGGACGCGUGGAGCAGUGUGGCUGCGAGGAGGGACACAUCCAGUGUGAGGACACGCAGCAUGAAGCUUGCCUGAAUAACCCCUGCCUGAACGGGGGCACCUGCCACCUGGUCAAGGCCACGGGGACCACCGUCUGCGCCUGCCCGCUGGGUCACGCAGGCCGGCUCUGCAACAUCGUGCCUGCCCAGCGCUGCUUCGUGGGCAAUGGGACGGAGUACCGAGGGGUGGCCCGCACGGCGGCCUCAGGCCUCAGCUGCCUGGCCUGGAACUCAGACCUGCUCUACCAGGAGCUGCAUGUGGACUCGGUGGGCGCCGCCGCGCUGCUCGGCCUCGGGCCCCACGCCUACUGCCGGAACCCAGACAAGGACGAGAGGCCCUGGUGCUACGUGGUCAAGGACAACACUCUCUCCUGGGAGUAUUGCCGCCUGGAGGCCUGCGAAACCCUAGGCAGAAACCAUCUCCCCGCCGCCCCCGAAGUCCUGCUGAGCCUGCCGGAGCCGGCGACAGGUGGGCGGCGGGCCUGUGGGAAGCGGCACAAGAAGAGGACCUUCCUGCGGCCCCGCAUCGUCGGGGGCUCCGCCGCCCUCCCCGGCUCCCACCCCUGGCUGGCCGCCCUCUACAUUGAGGACCGGUUCUGCGCCGGCAGCCUCAUCCACACCUGCUGGGUGGUGUCUGCAGCCCACUGCUUCUCCAACAGUCCCCCCAGGGAAAGCGUCUCUGUGGUGCUGGGACAGCACUUCUUCAACCUCACCACGGAUGUGACCCAGACCUUCGGCAUUGAGAAGUACAUCCUGUAUCCACGCUACUCCGUAUUCAACCCCAGUGAACACGACCUGGUCCUGGUGCGGCUGAAGAAGCAGGGGGACCGCUGUGCCGUCCGCUCCCAGUUUGUACAGCCCAUCUGCCUGCCUGAACCUGGGACCUCCUUCCCCACUGGACACAAGUGUCAGAUCUCUGGCUGGGGCCAUAUGAACCAGAAUGCGAGUGAGUACUCCAGCUCGCUGCGGGAGGCCCUGGUCCCCAUCAUCGCUGACCACAAGUGCAGCAGCCCCGAGGUGUACGGCGCCGAUGUCAGCCCCAACAUGCUCUGUGCAGGCUACUUCGACUGCAGAGCCGAUGCUUGCCAGGGGGACUCGGGGGGGCCCCUGGCCUGUGAAAAGAACGGUGUGGCCUACCUGUAUGGCAUCAUCAGCUGGGGUGAUGGCUGCGGGCAGUUCAACAAGCCGGGUGUCUACACCCGCGUGGCCAACUACGUGGACUGGAUCAACGACCGCACACGGCCCUCCAAGAAGUCGGCAGCUACCUCCUGA